AGAAGAGGUCGUCCUGCCCUCUCGCUUCCAUUCUCACUACAAUUAACAGAGAGGUUAAUUCGCCCAGUUUGGCCAGGAAGGUGGCACACUUCAAAAUCAUCCAGCCACAAGCAAUCAGCGGUAGGCUGGCCUUUCUUUCAUGACUGAAUGUUGCCUGUGCGCAAGUAAAUGCCUGCCAUCCACCUGGACCAGAUCUGGAUGUGGCACUUCACCGCCAACAGCUAAAUGUCAAACCUUUGGCAAAGUGCGCGCGCCGCCCUGCGCCACACAGUGAUGAUGGGUGGACCGAGCGGAGAGGGGCGAUAGGGCACAUUUCUUAAUUUCCCUUCAGCGCCGCUUCCCCCACCAUCCAGACCUGGACACGCGACGAGACCGCGGGACGGCCCUGUUUCCCGUUCACACAGCGAUCCAAUGUAUUAUUCACGAGCGAAACUUCAGCAACUUGUCCACUGGAUAUGGCUCCCGGUUUGAGGAGUGGGCGGACAGGUCACCUCAGAGUGGCGGGAACCGGCGGGGCAGACCCCGAUGGGUGCUCGCCGCAGCGGACGGAUGCAGGAGGAGAGGGGAGGUGUUUGAGGACCAGGUUGCGAGUCGGAGCAGCGGGGAUGCUUGCAAACUGUCUGCUGUCUGUAGCAGUGCUUUUACUUCUUGUCCGGUGCUCUUUGGCCGCAGAGGAAAAAUCCACCUACGAUGCCUCAGGCUCCUCACCUUUACCGAGCGACCCAGCAGUCACAGGCGUUCCUGCUCACCCAUCGGCUGACCUGUCAGUGGCUGAGGAGGUGCCUUUCCCAGUUGUCCAUUCAGACAGUCACUCAGACACUGAUGCGGAGGGCUUAUCGGGGCAGCCUGCUUUUUCUUCUGUCUUAACCAUGAUGGCAGGAACUGUCAAACAUCCAGUGAGCCUUGAUCAAAGUAGAACCUUGCCAACUAUCACCAGGGAUGAGAUCCAUACCACCCAAUGGCCUUCACGUAAUUCCAGCCAGGGCUCAGACAUGUCCUCCUCAUCGUCACAUGUGGGAGCCAGCUCAGAAGCAGAGACGGAUGAAUUAACCGCUGGAACUUCCAAAACAGUUGGACUCACUUUCCCCAAAGAAAAAGAGGCUAGUUUAAGCCCCUCUCAAUCAGUCAGAAUUACCCAUUCUGCUGGGCCUACCGAGAGGACAACUCAGGUAUCACCUCUGACCCCUCGACAAGACACCACGACAGCCUCUGUUAAGCUUUCCACCACUACGGCUUCAACCACAAAAACGAAAAACUCCACCACUACCACGCCUUCCCUAAGAGUCACUACGCAGUCAACCACCACUACCACACCACAGACCACGUUCGCGACCGGGAAAACCACAACCGUCAGGACUCAGUCCAACAGGAGAACAUUCACACCGCCUGUCCUAAGAACGAGCCCUCCCAGGGGGGUCACGGCUGUCUUCAUCUCACCUUUCACCACUACCACAGAGACUCCACCACAGCAGUGCAACAUCACUGAGAGAAUGUGGGUGAAAACAGUUGUUUCCAUCUAUGUGAGGAGAAACAGGCUAGACAGCAUUCAGAGGCAAAACCUGCGAAGGGGACUAAGUCAAGGCCUCAGGAAAGCUCUCAAUGAUACCUCUGCCCAAGCACAGGUGGAGACUGUAUUUGGUUCUCCCAACAUGACAGUGGCUUAUCACGUGACUGGAGGGGAUAUAGUUUACCCUCCGUCUGUAGUGAUGGAAGGCUUGGCAUCCUAUGGCCGUGAUAAGCUGAUUGCAGACCUGCGGCAGUACCUCCCCAUGGUAACAGCCCUGCCCCUCCCAGUUGCAUUAUGGAGACCCAGCCCAGCCACAGGCUUCCAGCUGAAAACAGUGCUACAGUUUGUGGGAGUAGGUGAUGAUCCUCGGUCCUGUCGCUUCUCUCAAAUGAUGGAACAGAGGCUUGAGAAGGUUUUUUCCGAAGCGCAGGCCAAAGUGCUUAACGCUAACAGCAGACUCUCUGUUCAGAUGCUGAGUGUCUCUCAGGCAGCAGGAUCCCCUGCUGUGUCACUGGUCUACACUCUAAAGAAUGGGACUGGCUUUCUUAAUGGCACUGCUGCCUCAAAUCUACUUGGUCAGCUGUCAGCUGAACUAGUGGGCUACUUCCUCUUCUAUCCGCCACUUAUCGUUGCUGAGCCAAUGGAAUAUCACAAUCUGAACACUUCAAUAGCAACCAGAGACUUCUGGGUUGUUACAGUGAUCCAGGAUGUGGAUAAUGCCAGCCUGGAGGGACAGUACCAAAGCUUCGCCAGUCUAAUGGAACAGCGCCUGGCAGAGUUGUUUGUGUUGGCGGGCCAGCAGGGCACUCGUUUUAGACGAGCAACGACUGUAGGCAGCUACACUGUCCAGAUGGUGAGCAUCCGCCGGAUCUCAGGGUUGAAGAAUCCGGCCGAGAUGACCUACUAUGUCCAACACAAUGGCAUUCCUUUAUUGGGCACAUCAGCUGCCAAGGUCCUGAACACAGUGGAUUCUCAGACUAUGGCGCUCACCCUGGGCUACUUUGUCCAGGUGCAAGCAGAACCUGUCGUCAAGAACCCUCCUAAUAACCUUUGGAUAAUCGCUGCUGUUUUGGCCCCGAUCUCCGUAGUAACACUCAUUAUUAUCAUCAUCACAGCUGUGCUGUGCAGGAAGAAUAAGAAUGACUUCAAAGCGGAUGCCAUCGGUAACCUUAACCCUCGAGCUAAGAUGGCGUACCGGAGAGAUGUGGGCUAUUAUCACCAGCCAGUCCAAGGUUUUGACUAUGCCAAACAGCACCUUGGCCAACAAGGAGGAGAUGAGGAAACACUGCCUGUCAGUCAGGAUACCUUAGUGAUGUCUCUACAAAUACGGGACACGCCACUUUCACUAGAAAAGGCUCUGCAACAAGAUGGAACUGCCAACAAGAAAAGUCUCACCACUGACAAACACAAAAGCAAGUUGCCAAGUGAGGAUGGUUCCGUCAUCAGCAACGAAUCAGAGAAGCCCAAUUCCGGCAGGGGCCUGACGGUGUCGAAAAUCACAGCACAGCAGAAACUGACAAAGGAGGAGACUCGCAAGAGGGACGAUCCAUAUGACACCUCCUCUGGCUCCCUGCAGCUUAUCUCCAUAAAGCCAGUGGCAGCACAGACCAACUACUCACAUCCGGCAUCCUCUGACCGCAGCCAGGACUCGGCUAUUGUCAAUGGAGAGGUGAACUUGGCACUGAAGCAGAAGUCAGACAUUGAACACUACAGGAACAAGCUGAGGCUGAAGGCUAAAAGGAAGGGCUAUUAUGAUUUCCCGUCCACCAAUGGCAGCAGCAGUGGCCGGGCUGUGGCACAGAGACAGCGACACGGUCAUGAGAGGGCUGCCGAUGAGCAUGGAAGACCGCUGGAGCCUGAUGAUGAGCGAGGUUCUACUUAUGUCAAGUCUCACAGAAGGCACUCGCAGGUAGGGCAGGCGGCCUAUCGAAGCAGACAAAGCUUAAGCAGUCCGAGCCCCGGAGGAACAGAGAUGGACCUGCUUGUAAUGAGAGAGAGACCCAGGAGAGGCAUCCGCAACAGUGGCUAUGAUACUGAGCCAGAGUUGAUUGAGGAAACAAAUGUUGAUCGUAUCAUGGGACCGCGGGGAUACAUGUAUGGACGGGGCUUGAAAGGCCACUCAGAGACAUCCACUCUCAGCUCGCAACCGUCAAUUGAUGAAGUGCGACAGCAGAUGCACCUGCUGCUAGAGGAGGCUUUCAGUCUGGCUUCAGGGGGGCAGUCCACAUCUGGAAGGCACUCCCACCACCACCUCCCUUAUGCAGAUGUGGUGACCAGUGCACCGGGUACAAUGAGCUCUGGACAGGGAGGCCUCCAGUGGGUGCCAUCUUAUGGUACAGAUAUGUAUCAGUGUAGCCUGCCUGAACCAGCCUUUCGCUUCACCCAGCUUCCUGAGGCCAUGGGUUCUCCUCCCCCUUUACCACCUCGCACUGGGCCCCCUCCUGGGACUUCUCUAAGACGUUCCACUUCUGACUUGGGGCCUAAGGGAAGGAGCUUAGAGACAUCUGUCGCUGAAAUGCAGAGUCAACAUGACAACAACCCAUAUGGGCCAACCACUAGAGCAGCACUUCCAUCUAUCACUGCAGAGCAGCCUGUGUCCAACUACUCAGGAAACCCAAUCACGGCUGUCUAUGCCAUCCCAGCCACGAGGCCCGGUUACUCAGAAUACUUUGUGUCCACACCGCCCACCUCCUACCACAGUCCCUCUUGGAUGUCUUAUCCACCUGAACCCGAGGAUGUGCCGCCACAGUGGGCAGAUUCUGUGCCCCUGCCUGGGUACGUAGAGGCUUUUCCUCAUCCUCGCUACCCACAGGGGAGCCCCACCAGGCUGCCUCUGCAGUAUAACCAGACACUGGAGCAGCCACCACCUGCCCCAAGCACAUCAUCCCAGCAAAGUCUACCCCAGGUGCUGAAGGACAUGGACAGUAUGCCCCUGAGCAGCCUCUCCACCUCUGCACUUGUGCAAGCGAUCCGACAGGAGGUGGCAAAGCUAGCGAAGAAGCAGAAUGACAUGUUUGAGUUCUAGGUUUGAUUCUGCUCCCAUGUGUGCAGGACAUGCACACAGUGGUGGCAUUCCUAUGGACAGAUUUUUGAUGUUUGUACUCUAUAACAGACUGAUGUUCUUUAUCCACUGAUGAUCCACUUAUUGAUUUCUUUUCAUACACCAUUGAUGUUUUUUUUAGCUCCUGACUUUAGGGAAAUGAACAAAAGAUUAUUGCCAUCCUCUGUUGAUGAUGUCCAAAGUAAGUACACACAUCUCUCUGUAGAUAUGUCAAUAGGAGACGCUAAAUAUGGAAAAUGUCUUUUUUUCCCAUGAUCUCAAUUUUUUUGGUAAUCAGAGUUAAUUGAGAAGAGACAACCCCGUAGCGUUAUUGUCUGUACUGAGAGGACCAAAUUCUUCCUGUCAGAUGGGUAAGUAUAAACCACAGUGUAUAUGAGCAUGUACAGUAUAAGGACAUUGUGUAUCUAAUCUCCUUUUAUAGAACGUUAGCUUGAACAAGAUGGGCUCGAUCAAUAUCUGCUAAUAUCCGAAUCCAUACAAUAUCAAACCAGUGCAUCGCUUUUUAAUGUUUGUUUGCAGAUCACAUAAUAACACCAAUAACAACAAAUGCUUGUUAUCUUUGGUGGACUAAUAUUGUUUUUCUUUAUUUAGUUUAAACUAGUUUCUUUAAAUUAAGAAAUGGUUUAAAUACAGUGAAUGGGUAUUUGUGUUUUCAGUUUAACCCAAGUUAACAUGACGAUGCAUCCAUGAUGAUGUGACUGAUGAACUGUAUAUCUCCGUGUAUGCAAAGUGAGAGAAUCAUUCAUGACUGCAGUAUUUGUUGGGUGUUCAAAAAGUAAAUUCACUUGGUUAGCAUUAAGAGGCCUUUCCUUUGAACAGUAAUAGGUGGUUAUUAUAGUAUAUUACUGUUGUCAAAUACUUAACCAUAUGUUUGGCUUUUUUAAUGUCGAAAACACAAACACUUUGGCUUUUGCAAACCCAAAUGAACAACUUUGAAGUCAAAUUUAUAUGCUCAGCUGGAUUUUUAUACUUUAUCAUUUGCCGAUGAUUCAGCACACCUACUCUACAAUUUCAAAUCCUUAAACAAAAUCCAGUCUCUUAACUUCUAGUAGUAUCGGCAUCGUUUCUUGUGAAGUUCAACUAUAAAGAUAGUGAGUAUAUGCUUGUUUACUGCCCCUAAAGCAUCUCGAUGGUCUCAAUGAGCACAUUUAAUGAAUAAAAUGCCACGUUUGUUUAAAGUACUGACACAUAAUGAGGUUCUGCAUCACCGCUCCCAUUCAGAGGUUUAAGCGCACAAGCCAUCGUGUCAUGGUUCAGAAACAGUGUUCAAGAUGAACAUAUCACUGUGGAUCAUCAUUGUGCCCUGGAGUCAUGCUAUAGAAGACAAUUACCUUCAUUUUUUUGGGAAGUUUUCAUAUGUAAUGAAACUAAGCCAGGUCAUACAUAACAAUAUAAAACAUGUCUGCCAACCUUGAAAGUUAAAAUGUGAGUAUUAAUGAUAGUGAUCCAGGCCCAGUAAAUACAGGAUAUAUAGUAUAUAAAUUUACAGGUUAAAUAAAAGACCAAGCCUUGAAUAGUAUAAAGGACACUUAUUACAAUUAUUUUAGCAAGGACAAGAAGAAAGGCGGUCACGAUUAUUCUCUAGAAAAAUGAAAAGAAAUCCUGCUGACUUUUCUAAUGGGAUGGGUUUAAUUUAGCCAUCUUUAUGAACUUUGUCAGCCUCAUGUUAGGACACCAUAUUAGGCCCCAAAACAAUUUUUUAAAACUCCCAUUGAAGGAAUUCUUUCCUCAUAUUUCACUGUGGCAUGAAAGGCUCUAGCAGGUUAGUUUGAACUCUUCAUGCAUAAUUGCUUGCACGGGAACUGAAAGUGGGACUGACUGAAGAUGAGUGCAUGUAGGCCUACACCAGGGAUGCUGCAAUAUAUUUGUAUACACACUGAGAUGGUAUAGAUUGCCUACUUUUAUUGAUAUUCACGUGGAAUGCUUUGCUGAUUAUAUUCUGAUCAAUGCUGUUGUGGGUAAACAGUCAGUGGUGACAUAAAGAGUGAAGAUGCCUUCAAAUCAUUGUUUCCUUUUAUAGAGCAGUAUUGCUUUUUCAGCAAUCCUGGAUGAAUUUAGCCUUUUUGCCUCAUGAUUACUUAAAAAGUCUCCUUCUUUUCCAGUAACUGUUAUUUUAUACUCAUCCCUGUUGAUGUGUAUGUAGUAAUGAAGAAAUCUUGUCUGUCCUAAACUCAACACAAACUGUCUGCUUGUUUUUAUUAAUUUUACUGAUUAUUCAGACAAGCACUUGUGUCUUAAAAGCUGUAGGUAAUACAGUGAAACCAUUUUUGUGAGUACCAGAAGUGAAGACCUUUCCACAUUCUCAUGCUGGAUAUCUGAGAAAACUUAGUGAUAUGAAACAAAGGGGUUUUAGGAUAUUAUUUGAUUUGAAAAAAGAUGAGUAUUUAUUCUCUAAAAUUAAAUGCAAAGUGAACUAAAUCUA